GGUGCUGAAAGUUACUAGCUAAUAGGUAUAAGGAGGAGACAAGCAAGAAGUAACAGAGUUCCACUUGGAAAGAAAAGAAUCCGGCCCGGAGGACCAAAAUGUUGAGAAGAGGGACACUAGUAUUUUUACACCAUAUCGGGUACCAUAACACUCAACUUUGUACCAUGUCAUAUGAAAAUACAUCAAACCUUUCCACACUUCAUAUUAUUUGAUAGCCUUUAACAUAGUUUUUAAAUAAAAAUAAAUAGUUCUCAGAUAGUUGUUCUCAAUAUUUGUGUGUUAAAAUCAUUAAUACUUUCAACAAAUAAUAUGAAAAUAUUAGUAUGUACUAAUAGAAUAGGUCGUUUGGAAAAGUCCAAAUUAAGUUUUUUGAAAUUUACACUGCAGAGAAGAACGUGCAGCACACUUUUGAAAAUAAACAAAUUGAGUCAUGAAAUCCUCUUCGUCUGUAAAGAAUUAGGCCAUGAGGAAAGAAGAUUCAUGGGCUGUUAUCACAAUUUUUUUGGUAGAAAGGUUAAUUUAUCACGGCGUCUAAGUAUGGUUAACCAGUAAGCAUUUAAGUUCUUGCUGAAGGCUGAAAUUUGACAGUUCAUUUUCAUCAACAGGCCGUCUAAACGUUUUUGCAUAUUUAUUAUUUUUUUCUCUAUUCUAAAUAUAAACUAAUGAGGAUGGCCUCCCCGGCUCCGAAAUCGCCGGAACAGACCGAAAAGUCGAAAAAAUACGACAGACAGCUAAGGCUCUGGGGAGAUCACGGUCAAGCAGCGUUGGAAAAUUGUCAUAUUUGUCUGGUGAACGCGUCUGGGCUUGGUACUGAGAUUCUCAAGUCCCUGGUACUCCCUGGCAUCGGAGGAUUCACGAUCGUCGAUGGGAACAAAGUGGUCGACGUUGACGUCGGAUCAAAUUUUUUUGUAGAUAUAGAUAGUGUGGGAAAGCCGAGGGCUCAAGUGUGCACAGAAUUUCUUGUAGAACUCAAUCCUGACGUGAAAGGAGACUAUGUUGAUGAAUCUGUGGAAGAGCUUUUGGAAAACAACCCGAACUUUUUUAGUAAUUUUUCUGUCGUGAUUGCCACUGCUAUACCAGAGAGGUCAUUAGUACCUUUAUCGGAGUUGUUGUGGACGUUGAAUAUCCCUUUGGUGAUAGCAAAAAGCUUUGGCUUUAUUGGUUACACAAGACUUCAAGUCAAAGAGCACACAGUAGUCGAAUCUCAUCCUGAUACUCAAAAUCCUGACUUGAGAUUGGACAGACCUUUUCCUGCUUUGGUCCAACAUUUAACAUCUGUUAAUAUGCACGAAAUGGAUCUUAAAGACCACGCUCAUGUUCCUUAUGUUGUACCGUUGUUCUUGAGCCUUCAAGAAUGGAAGCAUUCUCACAACAAUGAAUUGCCAAAAAACUACAAAGAAAAGGAAGCUUUUAAACAAUUAAUAAGGAAUCAUUUGAAAAAGAACGAAGACGGGAUCCCAGAGGCUGAGGAAAAUUUCGAAGAAGCGAUAAGAGCUGUCAAUUUUGCUAUAGCGACCACAAAGAUUCCGUCAAAUGUUCAGAACAUCUUAAAUGAUGAUAGUUGCAUCAACUUAACAUCAAAGAGUAAGCCAUUUUGGAUAUUGGCAAAAGCAUUAAAAGACUUUAUUGAAAAUGAAGGAAAUGGAUGUUUGCCUCUAAGAGGUUCAUUGCCUGAUAUGACAGCUGAGACUAAGCGGUAUAUAGCACUUCAACAAAUUUAUUUACAAGAAGCGAAUCGUUGUGCUGAACUGGUUCACCGGCGUGUACAACAACUACUCCAUCAAGUAGGCCAGCCAAUAGAUCUAAUUAAAGAAUCUGAAACUAAACAAUUCUGUAAAUAUGCAAGUGACAUUGCCGUAAUCAGAGGGUCAAAAAUAGCUGAUGAAUACGAUUCAAAAUUAAUAAAUACUCAUUUAAUAUCUCAAGGUGUUGAUGAUGCAGAGAGUUUAAUUGUCUAUUAUGUAUUAAUAAGAGGAACUGAUAGAUUUUAUGGCGAAUACAAUCAUUACCCGGGGGAGUUUAAGGAUGAACAGGACAUUGUAAAAUUGAAGGCCUGCAUUUCUAAACUUCUGACGGAAUGGGGUUGUGGUCCGUUGUCAAAAGAUGAUUACGUUCACGAGUUUUGCCGGUACGGAGGUGCUGAACUUCAUUCAAUUUCAGCCUUUCUAGGUGGUUGCGUUGCACAAGAAGUGAUCAAAUUAGUAACAAGGCAAUAUAAAAUAUUACACAAUACAUUUAUAUAUGAUGCAAUUUCUUCAAAUACGGAGACUUUCAUUUUUUAAAUAACAUCCAUAUUAAACUUUUUUUUCUUUAUA